AUGACCAGUGCAGAUGCCCCGCUGGAAAUCCCCCGCCUCAGCCGAUCGGGCGAUACUCUCACAUCCGCUGAGCGGUGGCAAGCCAUCACCAAGCGCGACACAACAGUAAACAGCUUCGUCUACGGCGUUCUCACAACGAAAAUCUACUGUCGACCGUCCUGCGGCGCGCGCCUCGCUCGGCGAGCCAACGUCGAAUUCUACAACACUCCCUCCCAAGCCGAGAAAGCAGGCUUCCGGCCCUGUAAGCGCUGUCGGCCAGAAUGCGGCGGCACGGCAGCGCAGAGUAAUCCACAAGCGUUGAUGGUUGAGAAGGCAUGCCAGACAAUACGCAACGAAGUUCUUGCAGGGCUGAAACCAAAGUUGCACGAUUUGGCGAAUCAAGCAGGGCUGACUCCGAGCCAUUUCCAUCGUGUGUUUAAGAAGAUUCUCGGCGUAACGCCGGGUCAGUAUAUUAGCAGUGUGGUUCAGCAUAUCCGCCCAUCACCGGAAUCUUCGGCGCCUGAUGGUUUGUCUGAGCUUGAAACACCUCCUUCAGCAUCACCCCUUGGGUUUGUUGGGGCGGAUGGGACGGAAGAGCUGAAUUUAGAUCGUGGCCAAGGCUCCGCGCUUCCUGGGUUGCCGGCGGUUAGGCUGGAGGGUUUUUCUCCUGUCAUCUGGGAUAAUGCAUGGAACGAGUUUGAUAUUUUGCUGGCGGCAGAGGACCAAGGGCAGAUGGAUCCUUUGGAUUCAGUCUCAAUUGAUCCCCGGGUUCUCUUAGGGCCUAGGUGA